AUGUUAACUCGUCUAUCAAAACCAAAACCAAAUUUGAAACUUUUAGGACAGACGGGAUGUUCCAUCUAUCAUCGACUGGUUCAUAAUAAAUAUUCCCCAAUUACUGCUCAUUCAUAUAUCCAUAAUGAUUUCAUGUCAUCUAUAAGUAAAGAAGAGAUUGCCAAACAUUUAAAGAACUUGGGUCCAUUCCCUACUUAUUCCAAUAUUUUAAAUCCACAACAUUUCUAUCAAAAUGCCGUCUUAAUGGAAUAUCUGAAACGACAUCCUCAUCCAGUAUCACUUCGACAAUUGGCAGGAUAUGGUAAUACAUUAACAAAACAGAAGAUCUUAAAUAGUGCCAAUUUCGUGAGAAUUGAAUUACCAAUUCGUUUAGCUAUGAGAAUUCGUGAUUUACAAACAUUACCAUUUGGUGUAGUUAAUAAUUUUCAUUUAGCACAAAUUUAUGAAAGUUAUUAUCAUCUGUUUAAUGCAUUUAGAAAAAUCCCAGCAAUUCAUAGUAUUGAAGAGAAUGAUAAAUUUUGUGAAACUUUAGUUAAUUUAUUAGAUGAUCAUUUAUUUAAUUUAUCCCAUUUAAUGAUGGGUGCUUUAGAAGUAUCAAUUGCAAAAAGUUUACCUCAAGCUGAAUUAGAUAAAUUUAUGAGUCAAAUGUUAAGAUCAAGAAUUAGUAGAAGAAUCAUUGUUGAACAACAUUUAUCGCUUAGUCAGAAUUAUAGGACUAAUCCAUAUGCUCAAAAACCAGCAAAUUAUAUUGGUGAGAUUUUUCAUGAUUGUAAAGCGGCUGAACAUUUUAAUGUUGUAGCUGAUAUGGUUAAAGCCACUUUAGCACCUCAUUUCCCAGAAGUUGAAAGAAUGCCAGCAUUAGAAAUUGAAGGUGAUUUAAAUACUCAUUUUCAAUUUAUGGUUCCUCAUUUACAUUAUUUAUUACAUGAAAUCUUACGUAAUUCAUUCGUAGCUACAAUUAAAACUCAUUCAAAAAUGACAUCAAAAAUAUUACCACCAGUAAAAGUUACAAUUAUUGAUCUGAAGAAGCAAGUAUUAUUUAGGAUAUCUGAUCAAGGUGGAGGUAUUCAUCAUGAUGAUUUAAAGAAUGUUUGGUCAUUUGGUAAAAAACCAGACACGUCAAGACAAAGUUUAGCAAAUUUCCAUCAAAUUCCUGGAUUACAAUUAUAUUCAAAUUUACAAGUAACCCCGGCAGGAUCUUCAAUUGUUAGUUCACAAGCUGAAAGAAUAUUAGGACUGACGUCAUUAAGUGAACAAAGUGUUAGAAAUACUCAUUCUACAUUACAUCAUUUUAUUGCUAGAGAAUAUAGUUUAAAAUUAGGAAUGGGUUUGGCAAUGUGUUCUGUAUAUGCUGAUUAUUGGAAUGGAGAAUUACUGAUGAAUUCUUUAGAAGGAUAUGGAUGUGAUACUUCAUUGAUGUUGACUAAGUUAGGUUAUCAUACUAAUGUUAUUCAAUUAGAUAGAGCGUAG